AUGUUUUCAGGGGUGACAGGUCUCGUUAACAGGGGUCACAAACUCAAGGGAACUGUUGUGUUGAUGCAAAAGAAUGUGUUGGACAUUAACGCCCUUACAUCAGCUCAAAGUGCCACCGGAAUCAUCGGCGGUGCCAUCGGUAUUGUCGGCGGUGUCAUUGGCAACACCGUCGAUACCCUCACUUCCUUCUUAGGCCGAUCCGUCGCUCUCAAGUUGAUUAGUGCUACCGCUGCUGAUGGAAGUGGAAAAGGGAAAGUUGGGAAGCAAACCUUUUUGGAAGGUCUUAUUACCUCGUUACCAACCUUGGGAGCAGGCCAAUCUGCAUUUGAUAUUCGUUUCGAAUGGGACACUGACAUGGGUAUUCCAGGAGCAUUUUAUAUUGACAAUUUUAUGCAAGGUGAAUUCUUCCUUGUGAGUUUGACUCUUGAAGAUGUUCCAAACCAAGGAACCAUCCACUUUGUUUGCAACUCAUGGGUUUAUAACUCUAAAAAGUACCAAUCUGACCGCAUUUUCUUUGCCAACAAGACAUAUCUUCCAAAAGAUAUACCAGCUCCACUGGUCAAGUAUGUUGAAGAUGAAUUAAAGACUUUAAGAGGAGAUGGAACAGGAGAGCGCAAAGAACAUGAAAGGAUCUAUGAUUAUGAUGUCUACAAUGAUUUGGGUGAUCCAGACAAGAAUCAAAAAUUGGCUCGUCCAGUUCUUGGUGCUAACAGCAGCUUUCCUUACCCUAGAAGGGGAAGAACGGGUAGAAAACCAUCUAAGAAAGAUCCUAAAAGUGAGAGUCGCAGCGACACUGUUUACCUUCCAAGAGAUGAAUCAUUUGGUCACUUGAAGUCAUCAGAUUUUCUUGUUUAUAUACUUAAAUCUGCAUCUCAGAAUGUUAUUCCUCAAUUACAAUCUGCACUUACAUUACAAUUCAAUCAGCCUGAGUUUAAUAGCUUUGAUGAUGUGCGUGGACUCUACGAAGGUGGAAUUAAGCUUCCUACUAAUGUACUUAGCCAGAUUAGCCCAAUACCAUUGUUCAAGGAACUCUUCCGAACUGAUGGCGAACAGACCCUUAAGUUUCCACUACCUAAAGUGGUUCAAGUGGAAAAAUCUGCAUGGAUGACUGAUGAGGAAUUUGCAAGAGAGACCAUUGCUGGUGUAAAUCCACACAUUAUUACAAGACUUCAGGAAUUCCCACCACAGAGCAAGCUAGAUAAACAACUCUAUGGUGAUAAUACUAGUACAAUAACCAGAGAACACUUGGAGCCAAACUUGGGCGGGCUCACUGUUGAACAGGCUAUCCAAAGUAACAAAUUGUACAUAUUGGAUCACCAUGAAAUACUCUUUCCAUAUUUGAGGAAAAUAAACGCAACAGACACGAAGGCAUAUGCUACUAGAACCAUCCUUUUCUUGCAGAAUAAUGGAACUUUAAAGCCAUUGGCCAUUGAGCUAAGUAGGCCACAUCCUCAGGGUGAUAAUUUUGGUCCUGUUAGUAAUGUUUAUCUGCCUGCUGACCAAGGUGUUGAAGCUUCUAUUUGGCUACUUGCCAAGGCUUAUGUAGUUGUGAAUGACUCUUGCUAUCACCAACUUGUCAGCCAUUGGUUAAACACUCAUGCAGUUGUUGAGCCAUUCAUCAUAGCAACAAACAGGCAUCUUAGUGUGGUUCACCCUAUUCAUAAACUUUUGCUUCCACACUAUCGUGACACAAUGAACAUCAAUGCACUUGCAAGGAAUGUCCUGGUCAAUGCUGAGGGUAUUAUUGAAUCAACAUUCUUGUGGGGUAAUUAUUCUUUGGAAAUGUCUGCUAUUUCGUACAAGGAUUGGGUUUUCACUGAGCAAGGACUGCCUGCUGAUCUUAUCAAGAGAGGAGUUGCUGUUGAGGAUUCAGCUUCCCCACAUGGCAUUCGUCUUCUGAUAGAGGACUAUCCUUAUGCUGCUGAUGGACUAGAGAUAUGGGAUGCUAUCAAGUCAUGGGUUCAAGAAUAUGUUGCUUUCUACUACAACUCCGAUGCCGCUGUUGCACAAGAUUCUGAACUCCAAGCUUUUUGGAAAGAGCUUGUAGAAGUUGGUCAUGGUGACAAGAAAAAUGAGCCAUGGUGGCCUAAGUUGCAAACUCGUGGAGAGUUGGUUGAAUCUUGCACCAUCCUCAUAUGGACUGCUUCAGCACUUCAUGCAGCUGUUAAUUUUGGGCAAUACCCUUAUGGAGGUUAUAUCCUUAACCGACCAACUCUUAGCAGGAGAUUCAUGCCUGAGAAAGGAUCUGCUGAGUAUGAAGAGCUUGCAAAGAACCCUCAGAAGGUGUAUUUGAAGACAAUUACAGGAAAGAAUGACACCCUUACUGAUCUUACAAUCAUUGAGGUCUUGUCGAGGCACGCUUCUGAUGAGUUAUAUCUUGGUCAGAGAGAUGGUGGUGAUGUUUGGACUUCUGAUACACAGCCAUUAGAGGCCUUCAAGAGGUUUGGAAAGAAGUUGGCUGAUAUUGAGCAAAAGCUCAUUCAAAGGAACAACGAUGAGACACUAAGGAACCGAUAUGGGCCUGUGAAGAUGCCUUAUACUCUGCUUUAUCCUUCCAGUGAGGAAGGAUUGACUUUCAGAGGCAUUCCUAAUAGUAUCUCCAUCUAAAGAGGUUUAUGGUUGUGUCGAGGCUUUCAAUAAAAGAUAGAAGGAAUCUAAUUCCUUCAUUCCCCCAUGUAUGGUUCUCAUGUAUGUUAUGGAUGCUUUGAUGUUAUGUAUCAAUAAGAACUACUA